AGUUCUUUUAGGCAGGCUAGCUUUGCGGCUCUUUGACUUUGACAAGCUGCAUGCUACAAACGCAAUCAGUCAUCGACCCAGUUCUUUGCAUGAUGCGUAGUCCUAGAGCAUGGAUGGCGUAGCCAGAAACACUGAGCUGCUCCAUGGCAACCUCAUGGCAAGCUCUAUUUCUGACAAGCUGCUCUUUUUCUGACACGCACUUUGCUUUUGGAAUCUUCCAAACUUUGAUUGAAGAGCAGCAAGUUGAAUUCACCGGCGUUCUGACAGCCCUGACCAUCACUAGGUUCGAGUUGCCCUGCUUGAUAUGCACAAGUUGCGAGUUGAGCAGAUUGUGCGAUGCUCAAGAUAUUUUCUGCGAGGAAUCUACAUGUGGCCCAUUUCCCUGAAAGUGUGCAGACUCUCCAGCGAUAGACAUUCCCAGCUGAGCAGCCUUGCUUUCUCAUUUGCCAGGCCCGCACUGGACUCAUUGACUGAACUGUGACGGUAACAUGCUUUUGGGCAGAACAACCUUAGACUGUUCCCAUCAACGAAUCUGCUGCAGCUGCUAGGUUGGUGUCACAACAAUCGCGGGACUAGGGACAAUAUUCUAUCCUAGAGACUGAAUUUUGAAGGUAAACGAUACAUACAGGAUGAAUCUGCGUAUGAAUUAGCUAGCUGGCACGUCCUGAUGUUAACAUUCUGAGUUGCGCUUGACCACUGCCAAAAUGGCGAAGAAAGGGAAGGGCAGCGCAAAGGCAGACAAGGCCGCGGACGGGGUCAGCGAUGCAGACAGAGAUGCACUGAAGAAGGAUGAGCGGAUUGCUCAGUUGAUGCUGGAACUAGAGGAGGCCAAAUUAGGAACCGCCUUUGCGGACAAGAGAGCGGAGGAGCUCAUGCGGGCACGGGACGACCUUCGGAGAGAGAUCAUCACGGUCAAACAGGACUGCGACGACGUCCUAGCCGACAUGGAGCGCGAGCUCGCCGCGCGCUCGGCCAUCGCGAGCGACCUCCAAAAGACCGUCGACGACCUCACGGCGAAACUAGAGGCGCGAGACUUGCGGGUCCAGGAACUAGAGCGGGAACGAGAGAUUGCGCGGCAGCAGAUGGCGCAGGCGGGGGCGGUCGUUGCGGAGCGGGAAAAGACAUUGGCGAGAAUAAGGGAACUAGAGGCAGAACUAGAGGGGCGGGAGGCGAAGAUUCGGAUAUACGAGAGUAACCUCAAUCGGCUGGAAGGCGCUCUUCGGACGGCGCAGCAGAGUGCGGACGACUUACGGUUAGCAAUGGCGCGCAGCACGCACACCGUCUUCGUCGGCGCAUUGCCAUGGACGCUCCAGCACACCCGCCAGAAGCUGACGGACAGCAGUGUGAACGUGCCCACGGAGCGGGACCGGAGCACGCUUACCAAGAUUGGUUCCAAGCUCUACCUCUUCGGCGGCACCACCCGCGGCGGCUCUGGCACCAACGAACUCUUCGCGUACGGCGCCGAGCUGUCGCUCUGGGAGCGCGUGCGCGCGAGCGGCGACGCGCCGUGCGCGCGUGGCGGUCACUGCGCGGUCGCGCUGCCCCGCGGCCGGCUGCUCGUCUUCGGCGGCCGCCGGAAUCCGCUGCUGAACGACUGCGUCCUUUUCAACGUCGACUCCGGCAUUUGGACCCCCCUGAAAACCAGUGGCGUUCCGCCCCCCCUGGUGGAGAAAGCUGCCAUGGUGGUUGUUGGCAACCGGGUACUCCUGCUGGGGGGAGACUGCGGUGACGUCAGCGAAAACGACCCGGGAAUCCAAGUCCUGCAGGGCCUCUUCGAGCUAGACCUCGAGACGUUUACGUGGCGCAUCUGCCCCGCGACCGGAAUCCCGCCCCAGCGGUGCGGAAUGACGCUCACCGCAGCGGAAGAUGGGCAAAGCGUGUUUGCAUUCGGCGGCUACGGCGAGGACGGCGCAUGUCGCAAUGACAUACACGUGCUGAACGUGCCCGGACUGGAGUGGAGCAGCCCCCCAAUGGUCAUGGGCACCCCGCCAGCGCCCCGGGAGGGCCAUGCGGCAACAAUGAUCGGGCGGUACCUGCUCAUCAGCGGCGGCCACGACCGGGGCCACCAUUACUUCGACACAUUCAUGUUCGACACAGAGCUUCUUUGUUGGGAGUCCCUCGACUCCGGUUCCGGCCUCGCCGGCUUCUCGGCGGACUCCGCCGGACCCGCCAGGCUCAGCGGCAGCCAAGCGGGCCUGCCGGGGGAUCCCUCCGGUCGGCCCCGAAAGCUGAGCGAAGCGCCCGGAGAGGGAUCCCCCGAGAGGAGGCUGCGCCUAACCGCGUUUGUGGACAAUAAGCUACUGUGCUGGCAUCCAACCGAUAAGACGAAUUCGUUGAUCCUUCUGGACACGGUCGACAUCCAGAUUCCGGAGGGGGCCUUUGUGAGCCGGGCAGUUCGAAACGACGAGAUUGCAGCGGAGGCGCACGCGGAUCCGAAAGAGCCGCGGGCCGUCGACGUGACCUGGCGCGUACCGCCGAAGCACAAAAAAAGGGCUGUUGCGUUUAAGGUGUUGAUGGGCGUCAAAACGAGCAACGUCAUCCGCGAGGUCUACAGCGGAACGGAAGACCAUUUCCACCUGAGCGGACUUCGCUCCGGCGCGGACUACUACUUCCGGGUCAAAGGCGAGUUCCAAGACGGCGGCUGUUUGUGGAGCAACGUGGCCGCCUUCCACCUCGAGCCCGCGAAAGAUCGCCCCGUCACGUCCCCGAGCGCGCACGCGCGCGAGCUGGGCCGGCCCACCUUCUUCGACGGGCACAGGUGGUGACGUCACGCACCGCAAAUGACGUCAGCAGAGCGAGAAGGUAGCCGCGCGCGAGCACACGUGAUUGGGGUCCGGUCAAAGCAUGACAGUCGCCAGUGUAAGAGUGCAUUAUGCAGCUCGCGUUGACGUCAGCACGCGGCUGCAUAGGGGUGCUGACGCCAGUUCUCGCCCCUCCAAGUCGCCUUCACGUCCGAUUAGCAGAAUGUCUUGUCGCCAAAGCGGCGGGAGCGGCGUUCUCCGUCCGCCGAGCGAGACGCGCGCGAGUUUGGGCGGUUGUGGCGAGGAUCCGCGGCUUAGAAGCUUCCUCGCCCACGAUCCGCUAUAUUGAGAAUUGAACGAGUGGCAGCCGUCUCAGAGUAGCUUCAGUUUAAGCGAAAAGGGACAAGCUUGUAGAUCAUGAGUUGGAUGUAAACUGCUGGGCUCCCUUGGUUGGUUGGCAUGACCGGUACGUCUUUGCACGCGUAGGAUCAGUGUCUAGCAAGGCGUAGCGAGUUGCAUUCAGCAUUUCAAAAGUUGGCGAUCAGAUUAUUUUGUGAGGUAUUAGGUACGUAGGGUCCAAUCGUGGAGAAGGCUCGAGCCUUGCAAGUAACCAGACACUCUUUUGGGGUGCAUUUUCAAAUUCUGUUGAAAUGUGUGGGUUGCAUGUCACGGUUCCGUGGGGGCGCUCCACCAGUAC